AUCUCCAGGCCCCUCCUACAGAGUAGUUUCUCUAGAAUUGCUCUCAGUAUUUCUUUUUUUUAAUUAAAAAAAAUUUUUUUUGAAGAUUUUAUUUAUUUAUUUGACAGAGACACAGCAAGAGAGAGGGAACACAAGCAGGGGGAGUGGGAGAGGCAGGGUUCCCCCUGAGCAGGGAGCCCGAUGAGAUGUGGGGCUUGAUCCCUGGACUCGAUCCCAGGACUCGAUGCCAAGACUCCGGGGUCAUGACUUGAGCCAAAGGCAGUUGCUUAACCAACUGAGCCACCCAGGUGCCCCUGCACUCAACUCUGCCUAAGGCCUCCAAAACUAGGGAUAGUCCCAUUUAAUUUCUCCAAAGAACUAACUUCCCAUUCUCUGCCUCUGAGAUACUUUCCUAUCUAUGUAGGAUGAUGAGAGGAUCAGAGUAUCCACCUCUCCCAUUUACAUACUGUCACCUGAUAACUUCUUUUUUAGUCCUUAACUGACACUUGGCUCUUCUAAAUCUUGUACCUAAAUGGGAUAUUAUAGAAAAAACCCACUAGUGUGAAUAUCUCCAAUGCAGGAACUUUAGAUGUUUCUUGGAACUGCUAACUCAAUUGCUCUUUCUUCUAAUUUCUGUCAUCAAAAUUAUGGGUGUUCACCUGUGCAUUCUUAGUCUGAGUUCAUACCACUUUAGGGUUUUUUUUUUUUUUUUGUCAUUUUAGUGAGUAUUUUAAAAGGAAGGAGGAUAACUGAGUGUAGUCAACCUACCUACUUUUCAGUUUCUACCCUUUUGUAGUAAUCAAUUUUUCAAUAAUGUGUCUUACAUUUUAAAAAAUGUCAUUUAAACUUACCAUUUUUAAAUGUAAAAUUUUUAGAAACCUCCUUGAUCCAUUCUUGAGAGCUUCUAGGAUCAACUUCAAACAAUUUCUCUCAACCUUGCACUUUGGCUAGGACUCAAACCACCCAAAGCUUAAAAGGUGGUCCCAGACAGUUUUAAAACAAAGCAAAGUCCAAAGAUCGGUCUUCAGAUUCUGAGACUAAAAUCUCCACCUAUAAUUAUAUACCUCUAUACCUUUUGAAAUGAUUGCUUCAAAAGCAGAUCUAUGAUCUUAAUUGUCUAACCAGAGUAAAACUAAGUUUUUGCUCUAUGAUUGGGAAAGAGAAUUUCUCUCUUUUGGGGUUGAAAGUGAAAACAGGUGACCAUUGUUGUAGCUGAAUAAAUCUUGUGAACCUGAGGGAAGGUGGUUUUAGGAGUAAGCCUGCUUUAAAUGAAAGUAACAUGUUUGUGUUUGUGUACUUAUUAAGUACUUUGUGUAAAUUAUGAGAAACUAGAACUAAAUUAUGACUUUACCUAAUGUGUUCCACCCCAGUAUUUUACUUCAUUUUCUCCCAGUUCACAGCUGAGUGCUGUGAAGGAAAUCUACAGAGGUGACUUCUCGCCCUGUAACAACUAUCUAUUUGUGCUUCAUCUCACGAUUUACCCAAUUCAUAUCCUCUGAGGGGAAUCCCAAAGUGACUCGUGUAUACUUUCCCUUUCCAUUACAACCAAAAGAAGGCCAAGUAGUGAUGCAAUCUUGUUUCAGGUUUUCAAUUUUCUCAGAAAGAUUAGAAACUCCUGGGAGCCAGGAAUCAUAUCUUGUAUUUAAAACAAUACUAACAGCAUCAGGAACUUUAAAGAGUAUAAAACAGUUCUUAUGGAAGAUAGAAUAUAUUUGUAGUCACUUAAACAAAAUUAGUAAAACAACAUUUGUUUCUGAAGGACAUUGAUAUUAAUGGAAUUUAGGUAGCUUUCACCUAACUGAAAAUCUCUAGAGACGCAUGGUGGCGCUGCAGGAUAACAUCACGGGGAUAAAAAAAACUACACUGGAUGAUGUUCAGGACACUGUUACCCAGUGCGCACAGAGCAGUGGGAAGACAGAAGGAACACGCCUUCAAGGGGCGAACUACAAGCUACUCAAUAGGGUUAAAAGCCAUAGGCCUUGGAAGAUUUGGUGGACAUUAUCAGAGGCACGUUUCCCAGAACUGCGAAGAAAAGCUGAAGUGAUUCUGCAGGAAGCUUUCCCUAAAAGAACUAUGGAGAACGGAAGGGCAGACACUCUGCAGAUAAGGCAAGUCCUGCUCCUUUUUGUUUUGCUAGGAAUGUCUCAGGCGGGUUCUGAGUCUGGGCGCUUUUCGGUGGCAGAGGAAAUGCAGAGUGGGAGUUUUGUAGGCAAUUUGGCAAAGGACCUGGGACUAGAAAUGGGUGAGCUGUUCUCAAGGGGGGCUCAGGUGGUCUCUAAUGAUAACAAAAGGCGUUUGCAGCUGGACAUAAACACUGGAGAUUUGCUUUUAAGCGAAUCACUAGACAGGGAGGAGCUCUGUGGCUCCACGGAGCCCUGUGUGUUGCAUUUCCAGGUAUUAAUGAAAAACCCUUUGCAGUUUUUACGGAUUGAGCUCCAGGUCAGGGAUAUAAAUGACCACUCUCCUGUCUUCUUAGAAAAAGAAAUGCUCCUAGAAAUCCCAGAGAAUAGUCCUGUUGGUACUGUGUUCUUACUAGAAAGUGCGAAGGAUUUAGAUGUAGGAAUCAACGCUCUAAAGAACUACACAAUAAGCCCCAACUCUUAUUUCCACAUUAAAAUGAGAGUCAAUCCAGACAAUAGGAAAUAUCCGGAGUUGGUUCUGGACAAGGCACUGGAUUAUGAAGAGCAGUCCGAGUUCAGUUUCAUCCUCACUGCUCUGGAUGGCGGGUCUCCCGCCAGGUCCGGGACUGCCUCGGUUCGGGUGGUGGUUGUGGACAUUAAUGACAAUUUCCCUGAGUUUGAGCAGCCAUUUUAUGAGGUGAAGAUUCCAGAGAAUAGCAUAUUGGGCUUAAUCAUUGUCACCGUUUCCGCUUGGGAUUUAGACUCAGGAAAAAAUGGAGAAGUAUCAUAUUCUUUUUCCCAUGCCUCAGAAGAUAUUCGCAAGACAUUUGAAAUUAAUCAAAAGUCCGGAGAAAUCAGUUUAACGGCAUCCAUGGAUUUUGAAACAAUUGAAUCAUACUCAAUAAUCAUUCAAGCCACAGAUGGGGGAGGCCUCUUUGGAAAAUCAACAGUCAGAAUUCAGGUGAUGGAUGUGAAUGACAAUGCUCCUGAAAUUGCCGUGUCAUCAAUUACCAGUCCAGUACCAGAAAAUUUGCCUGAGACUGUGGUUAUGGUUUUUAGCACACGAGACAGAGACUCUGGGGACAAUGGGAGGAUGAUUUGUUCUAUCCCAGAAAACCUCCCUUUCAUACUAAAAUCUUCUCUUGAGAAUUACUACACAUUGGAAACGGAGAGACCGCUGGACAGAGAGAGCCAGGCCGAGUACAACAUCACCAUCACCGUCACUGACCUGGGCACCCCCAGGCUGCAAACCCAGCACCACAUGACGGUGACGGUGUCCGACGUGAACGACAACGCGCCGGCCUUCAGCCACACCGCCUACACCCUGCGGGUGCGCGAGAACAACAGCCCCGGCCUGCACAUCGGCCGCGUGAGCGCCGCGGACAGAGACGCGGGCGCCAACGCGCAGGUCACCUACUCGCUGCUGCCGCCGCACGACCCGCGGCUGCCCCUGGCCUCGCUGGUGUCCCUCAACGCGGCCACCGGGCAGCUGUUCGCGCUCAGCUCCCUGGACUUCGAGGCGCUGCGCGCGUUCGAGUUCCGCGUGGGCGCGGCCGACCGCGGCUCGCCGGCGCUCAGCAGCCAGGCGCUGGUGCGCGUGCUGGUGGGGGACGCCAACGACAACGCGCCCUUCGUGCUGUACCCGCCGCAGAACGGCUCGGCGCGCUGCCCCGAGCUGGUGCCCAGGGCGGCCGAGGCGGGCUACCUGGUGACCAAGGUGGUGGCGGUGGACGGCGACUCGGGCCAGAACGCCUGGCUGGCGUACCAGCUGCUCAGGGCCACGGAGCCCGGGCUGUUCGGCGUGUGGGCGCACAACGGCGAGGUGCGCACGGCCAGGCCGCUGAGCGCGCGCGACGCCGUCCGGCACAGGCUGCUGGUGCUGGUCAAGGACAACGGCGAGCCGCCGCUGUCGGCCAGCGUCACGCUGCACGUGCUGCUGGUGGACGGCUUCUCGCAGCCCUACCUGCCGCUCCCGGCCGCGCCGGCGGCCGAGGCCCGGGCCGACCCGCUCACCGUCCACCUGGUGGUGGCCUUGGCGUCGGUGUCGUCGCUCUUGCUGGUGGUGGUGCUGGGGUUCGUGGCGGUGCGGCUGGGCAGGAGGAGCCGGGCCGCGGCGGGGGGCGGCUGCUCGCUGCCCGAGGGCCCCUUCGCGGGCCACCUGCUGGACGUCAGCGGCGCGGGGACCCUGUCGCACAGCUACCAGUACGAGGUGUGUCUGACGGGAGACUCAGGGACCGGUGAGUUCAAGUUCUUGAAGCCCAUUAUCCCCAACCUCCCACCCCAGUGCCCUGGGAAAGAAUCAGAAGAAAAUCCUACCUCCCACCUUAGCUUUGGGUUCAAUAUGUAGAGACCACAAUUAAGUUUCAUAUUCUAUAUGUGCCAUUUUUUCAUGCCACUUCUAAAUCAAUGUUAUUUCCCCCAAUUUGUGUGUAUUUUAAAUUGUAUUCGGUGUACUUUUGUAUUUCCACAAAUUCUACCCGUCUUUACUUUUAAGUGAAUGUUAUCUUUAUUUGUGCUAGUAAUUAGAUGGUACUUUAUUCUGUAUCCAGGUCUCUAUGGGUGGUUUGCCUCCUUAAGUAACAUCACCACAUCACUUUGUCCAUGGCCCUCUCUCCAGUUGAACUUUCAUCCACAAGUAUGCUUUUGGCAAAAUAAAGCAGACCACUUUCAAAGUAUUUCAAGUGUUCAAG